UCUAUCCUCAUCAGGACAGGAACGCUGUAUCUCCAACCGUGGAACUCGUACACCGUGGUUGCCGCCGCAAACGAUGCUCCGUCUUCAGCACCAGCCGGAAGACCCAAAGUCACCGAAAACUCCGGAGUCGCUGUCCUCUUCCGCUCCUUCUCGUUCGUCGGAGAAGCCGCCACCUCCCGCUCCUUCUCGUGCAGCGAGGCGGUACGAUGAGAACCAAGGUGCACCUGGGAUUGCGUGGGGGAAGGGGGUGUACUCAUAG